UUGACUUUGAGCUCAAGCAUGGCGAACACAAUCUUACGCGCCGCCCGCGCCCUCUCGCGCCAAUCCCUCGCCUCACGCUCACACGCCGUCUUCGUCGCGCCCUCAUGUAGACGUCAGCUACAUGCGUCUCUCUCUGUACACGCCAAACGCAGAAAAGGCUCCUCAUCCAACGCCGACGACCUCUUCGGCGGGCUCGAGAGCGACUCCCUCGCGUCCAUCGCCGAGGCCGAGCUCGCAGCUGAAGCCGAGGCAGCAGCCCAAGCAGCAGAAGCCGCCGCCGCUGCGGAAGCCCACGCCGCCCGCGUCGCCGACGGCACCGCGUCCUCCCUCUCCCCCGAAGAAGAAGCCGACCUCGCUGCAUCCAAAGACGAACGCCGGGUGCGCACACGCACUAACGACCCGAUGGGCGACUUCGACACGCUCUAUCAGUUCGUGCACGCGCGGACGGCGCCGCGCGCGGAGCGCAUGAAGAGCGUGGAGGUGAAGAGGGCGCAGAUGAGGAGGAGCACGUGGAGGCGGCUGCUCGGCGCCGUGCAGACGCGGGAGGAGCUCGAUAAGGUGGCGGAGCUGUUUCCCCGGUGGAGGAAUCUGGGGCGGAAGUUCGAGCCGGAGGAUGCGGAGGCGUUUGUUCGCAAAUGCGAAGUCCUAAACUAUCCCUCUCUCGCGCUCCGCGUUUUCUCGGACCACACCAUGUACGGAUUCGACCUCUCCUCGGUACACGCCGCGCGCCACCUCCUUUACCUGCUGCAUACGAAGCCCUCCCUCGCAGACGCUGUCGCCGCCGCGUCCCUCUUUGGCGUGUACGACCACCCGCCCGUCGCGCGCGACCCGUACGCGGGGCCCUUCUUGCUGUAUGCAUGCGCGCGCGCCCAGGACAAGAACAAGGACGCACAAGCGGUGGCAGGAAGGCUGCUGGGCGAGGUGAAGAGCGCGUUGACGAAGGGUACUGCGAAGGACGAGUCGGAAGGCCUGCCGCUGCGCUCGGCGUGGGGGGCCAAGUCGGAGGCGUCGCUGGCGAGGACUGUGAGGAGGCUGGAGAGGAAGCUGGGCGAGCAGGGGCAGGAUGUGCAGUUUUUGAAGGACUGGACGGCGAGGCGGGAGGCGGCGGUGAAGCAGGUGUAGUUCAUCCAGAACGAUGUGCGCACACGGGGUGCUUAAUUUAGUGCGGGCGCGCGAAGGCUCGAUCGCGCGUAAUAGAACUUCUUAUAAUGUCCUCGAGCUUUUGAA